AUGCGAGAGGAAGAGUGUUUCACGCCGUCCAGUGUCGAGGAAGACACCAUAGACGAUUCGUUCGAUGCGCUAUGCUUGGGAUUUAAGGAACUGUACGAUGAGAUAGAUUUUCUCAGUGAACAAGCUACCCGUACGGUGCAGUCGUUGUGCCAGGUCAACGAAAGCGAACCGGAAGUGUUGAAGAAGACGGACGUUGAAGAGCUGAUUGCGUACGCGCGUAAAUUCGUCCGCGAAACGAGAAAAACCAUCGUGACGUUCGAUGAGCAUGGUGUCCAGUGUGAGCCGGGAAAGCGAUCCAACAAGAAGGUGUCGACGCCUAAAGCAUGGCUACAGGUACCGGAACCGGAGAAGGUUGUUGUACGAUACGAGGUGCGAACGUGUCCCUUUCAAGAUCAAAGCGCUAUCAUGGUAACUCAAGAUACCCCCAGGGAGGUGCCGAGUGUGCUGUCCGACGAAGCGGAACCGUUGAACAACAAAGUUACCGUAGCAACUACGGCUGAGGUACGUACUAUUGGAACCAAUGUGAACUUUGUUUCGCAACGUGCCGUGGUAAAAAGAACGAAUGUGCAACGGGUUGUCCAGCAGCAACCACCGGUGAGUGCGAGAUCUGCAAAGUGUUUAAGCGCGUGCGAGCUUCGUUCACGACCCACCGUUAAACCAUGUACACCUCCUGCAACGGCUCCUAUGUCAUCAACAUCCAGGAAGCAAGUAAAACCUUCCGGGCGAACAUUUUCCGAUGGACAGUUUAAAUUACUAUUUGAGAGAUUUAUACAGAUGCAGGCAGAAAAGCAUGGGCCAGAGGUUUCGAAAAGUGCACCAGAGGUUGCUGAAAAUGUUGGGAAAGGUCUGGCAGACCAAGCAACGAAAUCCGACGACAGAAAUUAUGAGUCUAUGGGUCCGCAUGAAAACAAAGAUAGUGGUCCAAAUAUUGAAGAAAAUCAAAAUGAGCACAAAGAACAAAGCGAUGGAAUAGCGACUCAAGAAAAAGCUUCCGAACCAGAUGAUGUUGCCAUAGAAUCGUUUGGAUUCACAAGCCAUGUCCUGCCUAGCGUUUCUAUUAAAGGACGCUGGGAUGCUAAUCUGAAGGUACAACAAACUGCAAACGUGGCGAUCAUCGAUGAAAAGGAUAAGAAUCGUGACGAGCUGCCGAAUGAUAACGUAAUGUACGUGGAGUUGAAACGAGGACAAACGGCAGUGGUGACAGAAAAUAUUCGAAGUGAAAAAGAUACGUCAGAGACCAACGAAAGGAAGACGGAUAUUGUACCUGAAUCGUCGAAAUUUUUUGCUGAUAAAAAGGACCAAAGGAUUGUGUCGGGCGAUGAUUCGAGUGAUUCAGAAAUUAAUUCAACCAUUUUUCCAGACAGUGAUGCUUGUGAAUUUUCGCAAAUACGUAUACCCCGGUCGGUCUGCAGGGUAUUCAGAAACAGCAACACACCAAACAAAUAUUUAGAUCCUUUUGUAAACAUGAAGCGCAAGAAAGUUUCGCCGAAAAAGAGGUCUCACAUAUUAUUUACCGUUUCCGAUGAAGAUUCUAACGUGUCGAGUACUGAGGACGAUUUCGAAGAGAUCGACGAAGAAGAUAUACGAAAGCUUUUAAAUUUAACCUCGAAGGAUAGUGUGAGCAAUGAAGCUUCGGUACCAGAAUGCCAAAAAGUUGAGCAAGUAAAGCAACAUCCCACAAGUGUACGAUGCCAGCGAAGUUUGCUUGAAGUAUCGAGCAUUCCAGCACUUCGCAGUCCUCCCGUAGAAAGCUCGUGCAAGGAAUCUUCUGAAUCUGAGGCCGAGAUAGUAUCCGAUGGACAAUCUGCACGCAAUCGGUUUUUGGAGAAACUACGCAUUUGGAAAUCUGCUGUGGAGGCCCAAUCACAGAACAUGAAAAUGAGCAACGAAUUGACGGAAAAUCUAGAGAUACUUAAGGGGAAUAUAGAAAAAAUUGCUGAGGAAACAUCGAAGGUGGUAAAGCGAGCACAGAAUGUUGAAAAUACAGCAGUGAAUGAAGUAAAUCGCCCCGUUCGUCCCGUAUCAUCAACCUUGCGAUCGAGAUCAUGUGAAUGUUUUGGCUGUCAGAGCACAUUCGUUGAAGAAGCGUCAUCGCGUCCCGCAACAAGCCCUCCGUAUGGUCAUAAGCAGUUCCAGCGUGCUCUAUUCGAAUGUAAUCCACGCUAUGCGAAAACUAUUCGUAAGAUCUAUCAACUUGGUAGUAGCGAAAGAUCCCCACCAUCAUCGGUUGGAGUAGACAGAGAUGAAAUUGCAAAGAAAGCUGCUCAAAAGUUUUUACAAUCGCUGCAAGGAGACACAAAGCUAAGAAACAGUUUCAAUUCCAGGUCUACGUCUGGGAUUUCAUUUUCCCUUUCGAAAACCCUGUCUAGUAGAUCGGAUGUUUUGGAUGCAGGGGAAUUUAGUAGUCCGGUUGGAUCUGAAAACGAAUAUGAUUUAGAUUCGGAAGCUAUAUCUGCUUGUUUGUCUGUGGAUUCCAUACCAUAUGGUGUCGGUUCCAAAAUCGGUCAGAUUGCAAGCAGUGAAGGGACAGAGUUGUCCUCGUCGACGUUCAACACCCAGACUCAGUCGGAUAUGGGAGAAAUAUUGAGUCCCGGAGAGAUAAAGUAA